AUGCAUAUUCCUCGGGCUGCAUACUUCUUAGUGUGCGCCACAGUGGCGUAUGCUAAGACUGUUAGCUAUGACUUUACCGUCGGCUAUGUGACGGCCGCCCCUGAUGGCUUCUCCAGACAAGUCAUAGGGAUUAAUGGCCAAUGGCCUAUCCCUACUAUUGAAUGUGAUGUAGGCGACACUUUGGUUAUCACCGUACACAACGGACUUCCGGACCAAACUACAUCACUCCAUUUCCACGGCAUCUGGCAGACUGGCACACAACUCUCCGACGGACCAAGUGGCAUUACACAAUGUCCUAUUCAUCCCGGACAAUCCUAUACCUACACAUUCGUCGCGAACCCUGCUGGCACCCACUGGUACCAUGCGCACGAAAAGGGCCAAUACCCAGAUGGUCUCCGAGGCAAAAUGAUUGUACACGACAGGGCUUGGGAGAAGACCCUGGGAAUCGAUAAGCAGAUCUUCUUGUCAAUGUCUGAUUGGUUUCAUCGCUCCAUGCCGGAGUUGAUUGAUGAUUACAUGAGACCCGAUAACACUGACGCCAGAUUUGACUCGCCCAACGCUUUCCUCUUCAACGACUCUAACAAACCCUUUGACCUCAAACUGGCCAGGGGUAAAAAGUAUUUGCUCCGCAUCGUCAAUACUGCAGCAGUUGCGUGUGGCCAGUUCCACAUCGACAACUACACGCUUUCUGUCGUUGAGGUAGAUGGUGUUCAGGUACAGCCUCAGGAAACUGAUAGGAUUUUGAUCUGCGCUGGCCAGAGUUAUGGUGUAGUGGUCAAGGGUCAAGACGACCCGAAAGGCGCGUCCAACUGGCACGCGUCCAUGGACACAGACAUGCUCCCGGGCGUUGCUCCUCCAAAAGACGACAUAUCCGUGAUUGGAAGAAUCGUCUACGACGUGAUGCAAGAGGUUGAAGCGAUUGAAAGAGAACUGCCCAACAUUGCUCGCGCUGAACCCCGCGUCCUCGAUGAUUUCCAAGUGAAGCCGCUGGAUGGCCAGAAGCUUCUGAGGCCCGUGAACAACCGAAUCGACUUCACAACCAACCAGACUUACUUCCCUGGAAUCGGGACGCGGACGCCUCUCAAUGCUGACCCUUGGGUUGCUCCCAAGGUCCCUACGCUCUAUACCGCCUUGACAACAGGCAGCAUGGACCCCGCGACAUACGGUCCUGGUGUCAACCCCUGGAUCAUCCAAUCCGGAGAAAUCGUCCAGAUCCACAUGAACAACCCCCACGGACGACCACACCCCAUGCAUCUCCACGGCCACGUCUUCCAAGUCGUAGCCAAAGGUCCCGGUGCGUGGGAUGGCCAAGAGACCGGCUUCCCCGAAGUACCCUCAAAGCGUGACGGACUCGUCGUCCCAGCAAACGGACACGCCGUCAUUCGCUUCAAGGCUGAUAACCCUGGCGUGUGGUUCUUCCACUGCCAUGUCGAUUUCCACGCCGUCGGCGGUAUGGCCGCUACCAUCAUCGAGUCGCCGAAUCUGCUCCAGGGCUCUGUGCCUGAGGCUGGAAAGGCACUCUGCGCCGCCAGUGGUAUGCCAUCGAGCGGUAACUGUGCAGGCGAAUCGUUUAGAAUCACGGCAUCAGAGGCACGUGAGAAGUGCAACACCGUAUUCAACACAAAGGUCCGGGGCGCGAAGCUCGGGUAG